CAAUAGGUCGGAGAGUGACAGACUUCCGGCAAGUCUACGAUCUUUUCUUUUCACCGUGGCAUGGCGGAUGGUGUUUUACGGUGUAUUCACUUUGAUUAGUUUUCGUUUUGCUACAAUAAAAUAAACAUGAGUCUUGCAGCGGCUAGACCGCUUGUAUCGGUCUACUCUGAAAAGAGUCAAGCUAUACCCCAAGCUUCAAUUGCUUUGCCUGCAGUUUUCAAAGCGCCUAUUAGGCCUGAUGUAGUCAAUGAAGUUCAUGUGUCGAUGAGCAAGAACCAUCGCCAACCUUACUGUGUCAGCAAGGAAGCUGGUCAUCAGACAUCAGCGGAAUCAUGGGGUACUGGACGUGCCGUUGCCCGUAUUCCCCGUGUACGUGGAGGUGGUACUCAUCGUUCAGGUCAGGGUGCUUUUGGAAAUAUGUGUAGGGGAGGAAGAAUGUUUGCACCCACCAAACCUUGGCGCAGAUGGCAUCGCAAGAUCAAUGUGAACCAAAAACGCUAUGCUUUGGUUUCCGCAAUUGCUGCUUCUGGUGUGCCAGCUUUAGUUAUGUCUAAAGGACAUGUUGUUGAUCAAGUACCGGAAUUGCCUUUGGUAGUUUCUGAUAAAGUUCAGGAAUUAUCUAAGACUAAACAAGCUGUAAUUUUCUUAAGGCGCUGCAAGGCUUGGGCCGAUGUACAAAAGGUUUACAAGUCUCAAAGAUUCCGUGCAGGUAAAGGUAAAAUGCGCAACAGGCGUCGCAUCCAAAGACGUGGUCCAUUGAUCAUUUACAACCAAGACCAGGGAUUGAAGAAAGCUUUCCGCAAUAUCCCUGGAAUUGAAUUAAUCAAUGUUGAAAGACUUAACUUGUUGAAGUUGGCACCUGGUGGUCAUGUUGGUCGUUUCGUGAUUUGGACUGAAUCUGCUUUCAAAAAACUAGAUGAGUUGUAUGGAACCUGGAAAUCGUCAUCAAAAUCUAAAGCUGGUUACAAUCUACCACAACCUAAAAUGGCUAACACUGAUUUGGCUCGCUUGUUGAAAUCUGAAGAAAUUAGGAAGGUUCUUCGUGCUCCCAAGAAAACAGUUACUCGCAGGGUUAAAAAAUUGAACCCAUUGACCAAUGCACGAGCCAUGCUUAAAUUGAAUCCCUAUGCAGCAGUUACUAAACGUAAAGCCAUUCUUGCUACUAAGAAGAGGCUGCUUGAGAAAGUUUUACUUGAUGCCAAGAAGUCAGGAACUAAACUCUCCGACAGUCAUGUUGCUGUUCGCACUGCAAAAUUGAUUGAGAAAAGACGGGCUGCAUUAAAGAAAGCUAAAGCCGCAAAGCCUAAAAAAGCAAAGACAGCAGCAAAACCUGUGAAAAAAUAAAAAAUAAAAUGUCUCCUGCUAAUUUGAUG